AUGUUCGAUGACUCGGACGGUGCGUCAUCUGAAGAUGAUAACUUCAGCACAUACGGUGAGUCUCCUAUCGAAGAAGACGAAGAUUCACCAACGCUACCUUCCAAGAAGAGAUAUCAGAACUUCUUGAUGAGCGAAUCUAAAGGGAAUCUGGAGGUUUUGAAGUUGGAGAUGUCGUCGUUAGACCUUGCGGUAGGACAACGAUACUUGACUAAAAAGCAUUUGAAGAGACGACUGAAACUUUUUACAGUGAGGCAUCAAUUUGAUUUUGAUGUAGAAAUAUCAAACCUGACAACAUACGUUGUUAAGUGUUGGGUUGAUGGAUGUACAUGGAGAGUUCGUGCAUCUACCGAAGGAUUGUCCCCGCAGUUUUAUAUUCGUAUUUACGACUCGGAUCAUGCAUGUUCUGUAACUGAGCGUUCUAAUCGAUCUCGAAAUGAAACACCGGAUAUUUUAGGAGAGUUGUACAAGAACUUUCUCGGCAACGUUGGUCCGGCCGUUCGCCCUGAGAGUGUCGGAAUAGCUAUUACUAAGCAGUUUGGUGUAAAGAUGGAAUAUUGGAAAUCACACCGGACGCUUAAAUGUGCAAGGGAAAUCGAUGAGGGCACACCUGAGUGUGGUUUUGAACUCUUGCCUUCUUACUUAUACAUGAUAAGAAGGGCAAAUCCGAAUACAGUUACGCGUCUUCAAAUCGAUGAGCUUGGAAGAUUCAUGUAUGUGUUUCUUGCGUUUGGUGCGAGCGUUAAUGGGUUUCAUUUCAUGCGCAAAGUUGUUGUCGUCGACGGUACGUUUCUUAAUGGUAAAUAUAAAGGGACGCUACUCACAGCACUAGCUCAGGAUGGUAACUUUCAGAUUUUUCCAAUAGCCUUCGCAGUGGUUGACACUGAAAAUGAUGAUUCGUGGAAUUGGUUUUUUACGCAACUAAAAGUGUUGAUUCCUGACCAGGAGGGUCUUGCGAUAAUAUCAGAUAGGCAUAACUCGAUAGGGAAAGCAAUUACAAAUGUGUAUCCGUUAGCUGCUCGUGGAAUAUGCACCUAUCAUUUGUAUAAAAACAUAUUGGGACGGUACAAAGGAAAAGAUGUAUUUCGGCUGGUGAAGAAAGCGGCGAGAUGUUUUAAAAUGUCUGACUUUGAUAUGAUUUUCGAGGAGAUUGAAGCACUUAAUCCUGAUCUCCACGGCUACCUCGAAAGAGCUGAUGUCAGACUGUGGACACGUGUUUAUUUCCCGGGCGAGAGGUACAAUUUGAUGACUACGAACAUAGCGGAAUCAAUGAACAGAGCAUUAUCGCAUGCUAGAGGUCUUAACAUUGUUCGAAUAUUGGAAUCGAUACGGGUUAUGAUGACCAGAUGGUUUGCUGAACGAAGAGUGGAUGCCAGAUCGCAGUCCAAAAACUUGACGGCUGAAUACAAACAAAAACAACAAAUCAAUUACUAA